CGGGAUACGACCCCUCGUACUGUUCUUGUGUGUCUUUCUCUAACUUGAGUGAAAAUCGCGUGUGUUUCUGUUCAACAAACGUCGGAAAGGUUCGUAGCUAUACACGCAAUACGUACGCAAUAGUAUAACGCGUAAAAAAAGAUGGAUCGUGCACGCAACCUGUUUCUAUCUUCGCGUCGUUUAGUUCGUUCGUGCGGUUUAAAGUAUUUUGCGUUCGAAUUUGCAUGUGCGUAUGAUUUUCUCUGAAACGGGACACUUUACACCACAAUAUCUAUGCCUAUCCUCAUCCUACAAGAUGAAAUCUUAUUCCUAAAUGGACAACCAUCCCGGAUUACGAACAGAAAGCGCGACGAAUCCCUCUUUCAAGCUGCACCGGUACAACCUGAGCGACAUUUAACCGGAAACUUGAUAUCGGUGGACAUUCACCGCUGUGAGCUCUUUCAAUUGAUCGUGGCCUACACGACAAUGAGGAUCAACUACGUCGAACAGCAUGGAGCGGGGACGGGUGGUGAGACGGCGCUGCUGCUUCGAACGAACAGAUACCAGAUUCGAGGAUCCAAGAGACCGUUUCAACGUCAGCGCGUAAGUCACAUAAUCCAGUACCGGGAAAAUUCGAAAAAGAGAGCCACCACCACCAUCGAUUCCUUUUCCUCGGGAAGGAGGGGGUUUGCCAAUAAGGAAAAUAGCGCGGAGCGUCUUCGUGGCUCGAACUACUCCUCUCCGUAUAAGUGUGCGGUGCAUCAGAUAAAGGGAGCCGGAAUAGAAGCUUAUUAUGUUCGCUACAAGUGAGAAGGAAGCGGUCCUGCGGCCGGUCACGGCCGUUGGAAAGAUAAGAAAAAUGGGCGGCCUGCUCGUAACCGCAGAAGUUGUAAUUAUACAGUGAUAUUACUACCGAGAAGAGGUAGCCCAUAAGGUGUAUAAUGCGGUGGAAGAGUCAUUCUCUUACGGCAUUUCACCCCUCCGUCCCCCUCCCCUCGAAUCUGGAUGAAGAGAUACGUGGACAAGAGAUAACACGGAGAAGGAGGAAUUUAUCGUUGGGGUCCCGGUUAAAGGAUUUUCGUGACGAGAACGUGCCAUCCGCCGAUAAUUCAACGGUUAACAACGGUUGAUUAUGAAAGAGCUUUUUCUCAUCAAGGAAGAAGGAAACGUUAAUAUGGAAAUCUUACGAAUUUUCACGAAGUUUCCCUUUAAGCUGAAAAAUCAUUUUUCAAGUGAAUAUUAUUUUUUAUAAUUAAAUAGCCGUCUACGGGCCAGAUUAAAGGCUUUCUUCUUUGUGAGAUAAUCACUUUGAAAAGGUACGCGAAGCUUUACCAGUUAUCUAGAGGCUUCUACCGUCGGUUUUUCCGGGAACAGAAAUUUUAAUUAGUAGGUAGACGUCUUUAUAUCCAAGCAAUCACCCGAACUAUUAAUUUUCCUCUUUUAAACGUUUCAUCUUUCGUUUUCGACAAACAAACCAGUCUUUCCACUCCACCCUCUUUCAUUUCAUCCCAUUAAGUCAGUUCAAUAUAAUUCAAAUAACAAUCCAGUUCAUCAUUCUCUUUCACGCACGUAUUUAAUAUUUUUAAAACGAAUCGAGAAAAAUACAUAAAGUUCUUCAAUGUAGUUAAACUUUUCCUGUUAGAAUAACCGUCGAAACUUUUAUUAAAGAUUCUCGAAUAAUUAAUUCCAAAUCUAAUAUCUC